AUGGCGGCAACAGGCGUCGCCGUCACUCGUGCCGCGGCCACGUACCCGUGCAACGCAUUGCCAAUGAACUCGACAAGAACUUCCUCGCGAGUUCAUUUCACGCCUCCUAGAACCACCUCGCGCGCUCUCUUACUAGGACCGCAAGCCAGCGUGGUCGACGGCGUGGCGACCCGAGCCUCGUUUUUAACUAGCAAAGCCGCAUUCUCUGGCGGAUUUUCCGCCGCUAAUUUCGGCACAGCGACGCCGAGUCUGUCAGGCGGGCGCCGGAGCGUCAUCCGCGCAUCCGCGGGGGAUCCGGAAGGCGCGGGGAAGAGCGCAGGGGGAAAGGCGGAGGAGCGCGCGGGGCCGACAGCGGAGACCUCUCCGCUGGUGCGCUUCGCGUGGUAUGCGUCAGAGGCGUUCGGGAAGGCGGUGGCGGCGGUCCGCGGGGGGGAGGCGGAAGGCGGAAGGGGGAAGGGCGCAACGGCGGAAGGGGAGCCCGCGGUGGCUGAGCGCGACGCGGCGAUUAAAGCGCUCAGGGAAGACUAUGACAAGUCGUACUUCGUGACAGGCGAGAUGACCAUGUGGUUGUACGAGCCAGAUUGCGAGUUCGCCGACCCCUUUGUGUCGUUCAACGGCCGAGAUCGAUUCAAGCAGAACGUGUCCAACCUCGGGUCGUUCAUGGAGGAAGUUUCUCUGAAGAUUCUCGACCGGCAGGAAUCAGAGGUAUUGAAAUCCGACUACACUGCCUGA